GCCCAUGUGGAUUUAAACACGUGCCUCCGCGAAGUGUUAAUUGAAAUAAUUGGUGUUAAAUUUAUCACACGUUUUCUUCGAUAAUAUAGACGAUGGGGAAGAAGGAUAAGGGUAAAAAUAAAAAGAAGAUGAGCGGCAGCGAGAAGACGGCGUUAAAAACCGAGAAGAAAUUGAACGUCCGGCAGAAAAAGGAGUUAGCUGCGCUCGGAGAGGAUGACAUAGAGAAGGUAGUGGCGGAGAUAGAACGAGAGGCAGCUCGUAGACAGCGUGUCAAGGAAGCCGUAGUUGAGCCACCGUCCAGAAGAGUAAAUUUCACCCUCAAUGCACACCCGUUCAAGGACGAGCUCAUCAUGCUCGGCGGUGAAUUCUACGAUGGCCGACAGACUACAGUGUACGGAGACAUGUUUAUCUACAACAUAAAUAAGAAGGAGUGGUCGGUGGUGAAGGCACCCGGAGCGCCGCCUCCGCGUUGCGGCCACCAAACGGCGAGCACCGCCGCGCGAGGUGGAGAACUGUGGGUGUUCGGCGGCGAGUUCUCCAGCCCCAGCGAGUCCCAGUUCUAUCACUACCGCGACCUAUGGGUGUUUCUGCUGUCGGAGAGAAAAUGGGAGAAAAUCACAGCUCCGAAUGGUCCAUCUGCAAGAAGCGGCCACCGGAUGGUACACUCGAAGAAACAGCUGAUCGUGUUCGGCGGCUUCCACGAUAAUCUCAGGGAUUACAAGUACUUCAACGACGUCUACGCGUUCGAUCUCGAGACGUAUGUGUGGCGCAAGAUCGAGCCCGCCGGCAUAGCGCCCGCUCCACGCUCCGGCUGUGUGGUACUGCCGACCCCCGACAACAAGAUCCUGAUGUACGGCGGCUACAGCAAGGAAAGGGUGAAGAAGGACGUGGACAAGGGUCGCAUUCACGACGACAUGUUUCUUCUGACCCCGGACAAGAACGACGCGACCAAGUACAAGUGGGUGAGCGUGCGGCAAAGUGGAAUGCGCGGGACUCCGCGUUGCGGCGUCUCCGCGGCGCUCGUUCAACCCAACCAGGCGCUGCUGUUCGGCGGGGUGCAGGACGAAGAGGAAGAGGACGACGAGGACGGUCUGCGUGGCACGUUCUACAAGGACCUGUUCGCUCUGGACCUCGAGAAGUUCCACUGGCACAACGUGACGUUAUGCGGGAGGAAGGAGAAUACGGCGACGGAGCGACGGAGAAGAAGAAGGCAGAAGGAAGAAGGGGACGAGGAAGGUGAAAAUCAGGAGAGCGAUGAUUCCGGGGACGUGGAAAUGUCGGAUGAGUCGCCGGCCGAUCCGGCGCGGCCGGGCACGGUCACCGUUGAGGACGGAGUAUUCACGAUGACGCUGGGCCCGGUCGGCGCGGUUCCCGCCACGGAGAUCGGCCCAUCCCCGGGCGAGAAUUCGCGGGAAGCCGCCACGUUCUCGCCGUCACCGCGGAUGAACGCCGGAAUGGUGGCGAAGAACAAUCUCCUGUAUCUGUACGGCGGGAUCGUAGAGGACAGUGAUCGGCAGUACACCCUCAGCGACUUCUACAGUCUGGAUUACCGAAAGCUGCAGGAGUGGAAGACGCUGAUACCGGACAGUUUGAAAUCGCACACGUGGUUCGAGUCGGGCUCGAGCUCGGACGAGGACGACAGCGAGGACAGUAGCGAGGAUGACUGAGGAUAACCGAAGAUAACCGGAUGCUGAUCAAGACUGAGAAUGAUUUGUGUAUAAUAUGUAAAUAUAAAAUCAAAGCCAACGGUAGUAUCUGACCUUUUUUCGACUGAGAAAAUGACAAUGAAAUGAUUUUCAGUGAGUUCACGCGAUAAA